UAUCAGUGUUCGUGGUAAAAUGGCAGAAGCCAGAGUUGCAGUGGAUGUAAACGAGUUAAGUUGUGCAAUAUGUCUGGAUCUACUAAAGGAUCCAGUGGCUAUUCCCUGUGGACACAGUUACUGUAUGAGCUGCAUUAAGAGCUGCUGGGAUCAGGAAGAUCAUGUUGGAGUUUACAGCUGCCCCCAGUGCAGACAGACCUUCAUACCCAGACCUGUUCUGGGCAGAAACACCAUGCUGGCUGAAGUGGUGGAGAAACUGAAGAAGACUGGACUACAAGCAGCUGCUCCUGCUGACCAGUAUGCUGGACCUGGAGAUGUGGAGUUUGACGUCUGUACUGGGAGAAAACACAAAGCUAUCAAGUCCUGCCUGGUGUGUCUGGCCUCCUACUGUGACACUGACCUGCAGCUUCACAACAAACUCCACCAUGCAAAACAGCACAAGCUCAUUGAUGCCAUCGGCCAUCUGAAGGACAAGGUCUGUUCCCACCAUGACAAACCGCUGGAGGUCUACUGCCGUACCGACCAGCAGUGUAUCUGUUAUCUCUGUACGAUGGAUGAACACAGAGGCCAUGAUACAGUCUCAGCUGCUACAGGAAGGGUGGAGAUACAGAAACAAAUGGGUGAAAAACAGAGGGAAUUUCAGCAGAGAAUUCAGAUGAGAGAGAAGGAACUGCAGGAGCUGAGAGAGGCUGUGGCCUCAUUCACAAGCUCAGCACAGUCAGCAGUGGAGGACAGCGAGAGGAUCUUCACUGAGAUGAUCAGCUCCAUUGAGAGAAGACGCUCUGAGGUGACAAAGCUGAUCAGAGAUCAGGAGAAGGCUGCAGUGAGUCAGGCUGAAGGAGACAUGGACAGACGGAAGCAGGAGAUUGAUGAACUGAAGUGGAGACACUCUGAGCUGGAGCAGCUUUCACACACAGAAGAUCACAUCCAUUUCCUCCAGAGGCGCCAGGCUCUUCCUGUCACUCCUGAAGCUGGAUUUGGACCCAGAAUCUCUGUCAGUCCCAGAUCUGAUUUUGGGAAUUUGAGGAAGGCGGUUUCUGAGCUGAAAGAUCAACUGGAGAAUUUUUGCAGAAUGAAAAUGGCAGAGAUCCAUCACCAGUUACCAAAGACACCGUCCUACCGGUAUUAGUGCCCAGGACCAGAGCAGAAUUCUUACACUACUCCUGCCAGCUGACGCUGGACCCCAACACUGCAAACAGAGAAGUGUCUCUGUCAGGGGGGGACAGGAAGGUGACAUGGGGGGGGCAAACUCCCCCGUGUCCCUGUGCAUGCUGGGAUAGCUCACUGUGUGCUGGAGGAAUCAUUUUUACCGUAUCAGAGUCUCACAUGUCGCUGCUUCUCCGUGGCAAAAAGGUAAAAUCUCUGCUUUAUAACCAGUAUAACCCUUUUUACUCUGUCUGAAGUGUGAUGUAUGUUAAUAAAACAAGUAAUUGGGUUCUGUAAGCUGAACAAACAUACAAAAUGACUGUUUUUCUCUGACGUAUGUUCUAUGUUGGCUGUUAAUGCACCAAAACUGCCUAAACAAAUUCAUAGUACAUGCAGUUGUACCAAUGGAGUGAAUUCUGAUUCUGAAUAAAAUAAAAUGUAAUGAAAUCUAAGCCUGAUGAGUGGGGGGAGCUUUUCCCCUCCCCUCUAUAUGUAUAUUUUAUAUUUCGGUCUAUAUAUUGUAUUUGCUACCUGUACACUGACAAUAAAGGCUUCCUAUUCUAUCCCAUUAAUGUCCCGGUUCCGCGCUGCCCAGAACGUAACUGAGUAACAGACUUAAUCCGCGCUCUCUGCUCACUGAGCGCAGCAGCCUGAUAUCGCAGCGGCGACGCUUUGGCCAGCAGGGGGCGGCAGACGGCAGACAGUUUAUUAACUCAAAACCUACAGCGGUCCUGAGAUAACUUAGUAAAGAUAAUAACAUAAUCAAAUUAAUCAUAUAUUAACUAAGUAAACAUAAAUAACAUAAAAUCUUAAUAAGGCACGUUAGUACAACAACAACAGAAAGGCACCUGAUCAUCAAUGAAGUAGUGUAGGUGAUUACCAAUUACCAGAAAAAAAUCACAUAAAUCCUGUUUCAUUAGGAAUCCUGAGAUAUAUACAGUACUGUGCAAAAGUCUUAGGGAGUCAUAGGAAAUGUUUAAAGCUAUUUAUCUGGGUACUAAAUUUAUAUUUUCUCAGUAUUAAAAACAAAUUUUAAUAUUAGAACAUGUGCAAAUUAUGAGUAAAACAAAAAAAACUAAAAGGAAUUUCUUAUGUUCUCCAAAAAGUUACUGAUAUCUUGUUGGAUGGCUAGAUGAACACCAAUAUGGUUCCUAAACCUCUCCUCAGGUUCACCUCGGCCAUUUCAUGUAUUUGUUAAAUUUCACCACCAGCUCAAUUAAUUCAUGAAACUAGUUUUGAAAAGUCACUGAGGUAUUGAUUAGCUAUAUGAGGUGAGCUAGUGGUCAUGUCAAAAAAUACAUGAGUAUAUUGAAAAUACUGCCAAUACUGGGAUGACUUUAGGAGAGAUUUUGAAACGGUUAAGGGCAAACAGUUUGACAGACAUAAUAUCAUAGGUUUAAAUCAACAUGGAGAUCAUUUUAAAAGUUUAUGUGACUGCCUAAUAUAUAUAUAUAAUGUGUGCAGUUAUAUAUAUAUAUAUAUUGCCAGCCCACAGCUGUUUCUGCUCCCAUUGCAUUAAUAUGGAAGCUAUCUGCUUGUGUUGAUGUUUCGCCUGAUAUUUCAGGUGAUAUUUCAGGAUGCAGGCGGGUGGACUGGGUGGUAUUACUGUUAUAGUGGGGUUUGCUGGAUAGAUGGGCGAUUCACAGUUUAUAUUCCAUGAAAGUCCACAUAUAUCAUUCCAUUCACCCUAUUCAUGUACACCAUCGCAGUGGCCGGCGUCCAGGCAGGAUGUUCACCAGCACUUUUCAGUCUCUUAAUGCAUGUUACAGUGAGCAGCUGCCAUUCUGCGAAAGUCUGGCUUCCCUCUUGGGGACAUGAUGAACAGAACAACGUGUGAAAGACAGUGAACUAAAGUGAUGUGUGGCGGAAAAGUAACACUGCACAUCACUCUGAACACACCAUCCCCACUGUCAAAUAUGGUGGUGGCAGCAUCAUGCUCUGGGGGUGCUUCUCUUCAGCAGGGACAGGGAAGCUGGUCAGAGCUGAUGGGAAGAUGGAUGGAGCCAGAUACAGGGCAAUCUUGGAAGAAAACCUCUUGGAGUCUGCAAAAGACUUGAGACUGGGGCGCAGGUUCACCUUCCAGCAGGAAAACGACCCUAAAUAUAAAGCCAGGGCAACCAUGGAAUGGUUUAAAACAAAACAUAUAUCCAUGUGUUAGAAUAGCCCAGUCAAAGUCCAGAUCUAAAUCCAAUCGAGAAUCUGGCAAGAUCUGAAAACUGCUGUUCACAAACGCUGUCCACCUAAUCUGACUGAACUGGAGCUGUUUUGCAAAGAAGAAUGGGCAAGGAUUUCAGUCUCUAGAUGUGCAAAGCUGGUAAAGACAAACCCUAAAAGACUGGCAGCUGUAGUUGCAGCAAAAGGUGGUUCUACAAAGUAUUGACUCAGGGGGCUGAAUAAUUACGCACACCCCACUUUGCAGUUAUUUAUUUGUAAGAAAUGUUUGGAAUCAUAUAUGAUUUUCGUUCCACUUCUCACGUGUACACCACUUUGUAUUGGUCUUUCACGUGGAAUUCCAAUAAAAUUGAUUCAUGUUUGUGGCUGUAAUGUGACAAAAUGUGGAAAAGUUCAAGGGGGCCGAAUACUUUUGCAAGCCACUGUAAACUACAGGCAUCACCCUAACGGUAAGAAGUGUGAUCCGCUUACGACUGACAUGCAGUAGAGACAGGAUCACAUCCAACACGGGACCCACUAUAGGCUCACACAGAAAUAAAGGAGAAAAACACCAGCUGCCUUUUCCAAGCUGUUUACAUUCCUGCGCUUCCUCAUGGUGACAGUAACAGCCCGUGUCACAUGACCACUGUCAUGUCCUACCCAUCACACCUGCCUGACCCUCCUGUCUCCUCACUAGCGUGACCCUGAUGAUUCAUGCCUGUUGCUUGUUGCCCCUCGUUAGUCUUUGCAUUUAAUUAUCUAUUUGUCUCGUCAGCCCCAGUCCGGUCAUUGAUGUUAAACCUUCCUGCUGCCUGUGACCUUCCCGGUUGCCAGUCCUCCCAUUUGUGAUCCCUCACGAUCCUCUUUGUUUCCAGUCUCAGCCCAUCUAGUUCAGCAAACCCCCUUUUUGUUUCGCUACCAAGGAUGCAGAGAUGAGAGUCUUUUACCAAGCGUACUGUGUCCAGAGUGGAUGAGCAUGACCACAGUGAGAAGAGGAUCUGAUGGAUGGAGGACCUAAGUACCAUAAUCUUAGUAACGCAUGAGCAGAAUUGGACCAUAAGAGGAACUGGCCGGCUCCAUCUCACACAUGGUACGUGGGUGUAGAAGUUACUCAAAACCAUAUGGCUGAAAUCCUCCAC